UCCAUCCCCGCAAGAUGUCUUGCUACGACCUGUGCGUCCCCGCCACCAGCUGCGGCAUCGCCCGCCCCCAGCCCAUCGCUGACAGCUGCAACGAGCCGUGCGUCCGGCAGUGCCCUGACACGACUACCGUGAUCCAGCCGCCUCCCGUGGUCAUCACCUUCCCCGGCCCCAUCCUCAGCUCCUUCCCCCAGAGUUCAGUUGUGGGCUCCUCCGGGGCACCCGUCCUUGCAGCCUCCCUGGGUUACGGGGGCUCCUCCCUGAGCUCUGGGGGUCUCUAUGGCUAUGGAGGCUCCUCCCUGGGCUCUGGGGGUCUCUAUGGCUAUGGAGCCUCCUCCCUGGGUUACAGGGGUCUCUACGGCUAUAGAAGAUCCUAUGGGGCUGGAUACUGCAGCCCUUUCUCCUACCGGUACAGCAGGUACCGCCGUGGAAGCUGCGGGCCUUGCUAAAUCCUGCAGAAAUAACCCCUGAGUGAGGAAUAACUGGCAAGUGAGAGAUACGGUCCUGAUCCACAGCAGAGUUCCCCCAGAAGUGCUGCAAAGUACUGAUCACUACAAUCCCACUGCAAUGGAGCUGGAAGUGCACAGCACAUCUUUAAUUUUUUCACCCUCCACUUAUGGUCUUUCUGUUUUUUCCACCUGUGUGUGUAACUGAUGGGGUGAAAUGUAUAACUUAAAUUCCUGUGAAAUGGCUCUUCAGUUUCUAACAGAAGAAGAGCUA